AUGAGCGACCCGGAUCUGAAGAGCCUCCUGGAGAAGCUGACCGAGGUCUGCCUCCAGAACCAGGACCUCCAGAAGGAGCAGCAAGCCCAGCAGAAGGCGCUUCAGGACCUCGUGAAGACCGUCACGGCCAAGCCUAUCAUCGCGCCACCGAAGCUCAACGCCAACACCAGCGACAACAAGGAGUUCCUGCUCGAGUCGUUGGCGAACACGAUGGUCGAGUUUCACUACGAUCCGGACAGCGAUGACGGCCUGUUCGACGUCUGGUACUCGCGGUACGCGGACACUUUCUCCCAGGAUGCUUGCAAGCUCGAUGAUGCCAGCAAGGUGAGACUGUUACUGCGGAAGCUGGACACUCGGGCGCACAGCAGAUACGCCAACUUCAUCCUGCCGAAAAAGCCGAAGGAUAACGACUUCGAGGAGUCCGUGACGAAGCUGAAGGAGAUUUUUUCUCGCCGAACAUCCCUGUUCAACAAGCGCUGCAAGUGCCUGCAGUUCAUCAAGCCGGAGUCGGACGACUUCAUCGCCUACGCUGGCGCGGUGAAUCGACUCUGCGAGGACUUCAAGCUGAGCAGCCUGAAGGAGAACGAGUUCAAGGCGCUGAUCUUCGUUUGCGGACUACGCUCGCACCGGGACUCCGAAAUUCGCACCAGACUGCUGUCCAAACUCGAGACGGAUGCUGCUACACUUACGGUAGACACCCUCGCAACCAAAUGUCAGCGGCUCCUCAACCUGAAGCAGGACACAGCACUGAUCGAGAACGCCGCACACUCCUCCACUUCUCCGAUCAAGCUCCAAAUCGACACGGCCUCGGACAUCACGGUGAUCAGCCGUGAUAAUUGGUUGGCUCUUGGAUCUCCCGCAACUCGCCCGACAAGUCACGAAGCUACUAGCGCGUCUGGUGGCCACGUCAAGCUGGAGGCAGAGUUCGAGUGCAGCGUGACGUUGCAGGAUUCCUGCCGCUCAACCGUCUGCUACGUCGCACCCAACAGCAACCUGAACCUGCUCGGGUUGGACCUGAUCGACGCUUUCGACUUGUGGUCCGUCCCGCUAUCGUCGGUGUGCAACCGGGUGACUGUCGCGGACGGCGUUCUGGAUCAAGUUCACCAGCUGCAGCGCAAGUUUCCGGAGGUCUUCCUGGACACUCUGGGCCUCUGCACGAAAACGAAGGUGAAGCUGUUUCUGAAGCCGAAUCAACAGCCCGUGUAUGUUCCGCGCCGGCCAGUCGCGCAGACCGCCUACGAACCGCUGCAGGACGAGCUGAAGCGUUUGGAGAACCUGGGGAUCAUCUCGUUCGUCGAGCACUCCGACUGGGCCGCGCCGAUUGUGGCUGUACGGAAGGCGAACGGCAGCAUCCGGAUCUGUGGAGAUUACUCCACCGGGCUCAACAACGCGCUCCAGCCGAACGAUUACCCGCUGCCAGUGCCGGACGACAUCUUCGCAUCCCUUGCUGGAAUGCGCCAUUUCAGCAUAAUUGAUCUCUCCGACGCCUACUUACAGAUCGAAAUGGACGAAGAUUCGAAGAACCUCCUCACGGUCAACACGCACCGGGGGCUCUUCAAGUUCAACCGUUUGGCACCGGGCGUGCGUCCAGCCACGGGCGCUUUCCAGAAGAUCAUGGACUCCAUGACCGCUGGCCUGACCGGAGUUCGCGUCUAUUUGGACGACAUUCUGGUUGGCGGGGCCACUGAGGAAGAGCAUCUACACAACCUGCACGCGGUGCUCGAGCGCAUCCGCGACUACGGUUUCCACCUUCAGCUCUCCAAGUGUCGUUUCUUCAUGGACGAGAUCAAGUACCUGGGCCACGUGGUCAACAGCUCAGGUAUCCGCCCCGAUCCGGCCAAGCUCCAAGCGAUCUCCACGAUGCCGCCUCCGAAGAACGUUUCAGAGCUGCGCUCGUACCUCGGCGCAGUGAACUACUACGCCAAGUUUGUUUCGGAGAUGCACCGUUUGCGCCAUCCGAUGGACCAGCUGCUCAAGGCCAACGCACAGUGGAACUGGACCAAGGAUUGCCAACGCGCGUUUGAGGAAUUCAAGCGCCUCCUGUCGUCAGAUCUCCUGUUGACGCACUUCGAUCCUCGCCACGAGAUCAUCGUUGCUGCCGACGCGUCCAACACCGGAAUCGGUGCCUGCCUGAUGCAUCGCCUGCCAACAGGAGCCAUCAAGGUCGUGCAGCAUCGUAGCCGUUCGCUCACCCCCGCCGAGAAGAAUUACGGACAGAUCGAGAAGGAAGGUCUCGCACUCGUGUUCGGUGUCAUGAAGUUCCACUCCAUGAUCUAUGGCAGAUACUUUACCCUGCAGACCGAUCACAAGCCCCUUCUCUCAAUCUUCGGCUCGCACAAGGGCAUCCCAGUUCACUCGGCGAACCGACUGCAGCGUUGGGCCAUCAUACUGCUCACCUACGACUUCCGUAUCGAGUAUAUCGCUACGGACCAGUUUGGCUAUGCGGACGUGCUCUCCCGUCUCAUCAGCCAGCACAGCAGAGAAGAUGACGAAGACUUCGUGAUCGCCGCAAUCUCGUUGGAUGACGAACUCGAAGUUUUUAUCGACUCGUCGGUCAGCAACUUUCCGGUCACGCACGCCCUGAUCCGGAAGGCUACGAAGGAGUCGAAGUCGUUGCAAGCGGUCAUCAAGUACCACCACGAAGGCUGGCCCGAGUCUUCCACGAUGAUCGCUGAACCCGAAGCGAAACUUUUCUUCUGCCGCCGUUUUGCUCUCAGCGUGGUCGAAGGAUGUCUUCUCCUGGGUGAGCGCGUCGUCGUACCGGAAGUGUACCGCAAGCGCAUUCUCAAGCAGCUGCACAAAGCGCAUCCCGGAAUUGUGCGCAUGAAGUCGCUUGCGCGCUGUUACGUGUUCUGGCCCCGAAUCGACGCGGACAUCGAAGACCUUGUGCGCGCUUGCCCAAAGUGCGCCGCUGCAGCCAAGCUUCCAACCAAGGCACCGCUCCAGUCCUGGCCGACCCCGAACGGCACUUGGGAGCGGGUCCACAUCGAUUACGCUGGCCCGAUAAAUGGAGUUUUCUUCUUCGUCGUAGUGGAUGCGUACUCAAAGUGGCCGGAGAUUUUCGCAAUCCCAUCGUCUUCCACCAAGGCGACUCUCAAGCUGCUGCGGCAGUGCAUCGCUCGCUUUGGUCGAAUGGACCUUCUCGUUUCGGACAACGGCCCGCAGUUUACGAGCGCUGAGUUCCGAACGUUCCUGAAGCAGAACGGAAUUCAGCACGUGACGACUGCUCCAUACCAUCCGGCGUCCAACGGUCAAGCAGAGCGCUUCGUCGACACGCUGAAGCGAGCUCUUAAAAAGAUCAACGAGGGGGAGGAUUUGGAGGAAACUCUACAAGUUUUUCUUCAAGCGUACCGGUCGACUGCGAACCCGCAAGCACCCGGUGGCAAAUCUCCUGCGGAGUUGAUGCUGAGUCGUCGGCCUAAAUCAACAUUCGAUCUACUACGAGCUCCCUCCAUGCCGCCGAAGCCCACUCCUGCGAACGAGAAGCAGAACGCUGACUACGACCGGAAACAUGGAGCUGUGGAAAGGUGUUUCACGCCCGGUGACCUGAUUUUCGCACACGUGUUCCUUCGCAAUGAUUUCACGUGGGCACCAGGGCAAGUAAUCGAAAAGGUCGGCGCGGUGAACUACGUCAUCAAGCUCGAAGGAUCCAACCGUUCAAUUAAGGUGCACACCAACCAGAUACGACGCCGUCGCGUCGCUAACGCAACAUCGGCGGAAGCUCAACCUGGCACACUUCCGCUGGACAUCCUGCUGGACAACUUCGAAAUCGAGACGCAGCCACUGCCGAGCGGAGAUCCACCUGUUCUACCUGGAGACGAUCGACCUUUCCCGCGCCGUUCUGAACGAGACCGCAGAGCUCCGGAUCGCUACAGCCCGGGACUCUGGGCUUAA